AUGGAACAAAACGAAGAAGUUAUACAACAACAAUCACCAAAAGAAGAAAAUGAAGGUACCGAAGAUGAAUUGGUUGAAGAAAAGAGAGAAUCUUCCUCUGAAGCUGAAACCGAUUCUGAAGAGGAGGACGACGAGGACGGGGAAACAACCGAGGAAGAAUCGAUUGAGGAGGAUGAACCAAAGUUGAAAUAUAAACGUCUUGAGGCUGAUAUUAGUGAGUUAUUGAAAAAAGAUGCCGCGAGUGCAAUGUCUGUGUCAGAUAGAUUUGUAGCUCUUGGAACGCACAAUGGAGAUGUCUUAAUACUCGAUUUUGAUGGCAAUUUAAACAAACGCUUAUCAUCGCAUGUAGCUUCAGUAACAGAUAUUGCCAUUGAAGUAUCAGGGGAAUAUAUCGCCAGUGCAUCUUUAGAUGGCAAAAUCAUCAUUCACAGUUUAUUCAAUGAUACAAAACCACAAGUCUUUAAUUAUCGCCGACCCCUUAAAUGUAUUUCGCUUGAUCCUGAUUUUCAUAAAAAAGAUACGCAACGAUUUGUUUGUGGUGGUAUGUCGGGUGUAUUAAACCUGAAUGAAAAAGGAUGGUUUGGUCAGAAACAAGAUACAGUACUUCAACAUUCCGGAGAAGGUCCAAUUAGUGCUGUAAGGUGGAAGGGACCGCUAAUUGCUUAUGCUAAUGAUGAGGGUGUAAAAAUUUACAAUACGCAGAUACAACAAAGGAUUACAUAUAUUAAACGUCCACCAGAUAGUCCUCGAGCUGAUUUAUAUCGUUGUAAUCUUACAUGGCGCAAUGAAACCACAUUGCUAGUUGGUUGGGCAAAUUUUAUUCAGACUGCUGUUGUCAAGCAUGAAAUUCAACCCGGUCGACCAACUCAAUAUGUUGAAGUUUCUACGUUUCGUACCGAAUUUAUUGUAUGUGGUAUAGCACCAUUUAACGAUAUGAUACUCGUCUUAGCAUACCUUACUGAUGAAAUUGUACAAGAUAUGGAGACGGAUGAUCCGUCUCAACAUAGAAGACCACGUGCCAAACGCCCGGAGUUACGUAUCAUCAAUUCUCAUAAUGAGGAAAUUUCGACUGAUGCAUUGUCGCUACAUGGUUUUCAAUAUUAUCAAGCGAAUGACUAUGAGCUUGAUUAUUUUCCUUCAGAAGACAUGUUUUAUGUUGUCAGCCCUAAAGAUCUCGUUCUAGCAAAACCUCGUGAUUUGGAUGAUCAUAUUAGUUGGUUAUUAGAACGUUCAAGAUAUGAAGAAGCAUUAUCAUCAUUACAAGAAGCUCAAGCUUGGGGCGGAAGUAAGAUCUUUAAUUUAACAGAUCUUGGUGAAAGAUAUUUAACUUAUUUAAUUGAAGAAGAGGAAUUUAUAAAGGCCGCAGAAAAUUGUGAAAGAAUUCUUAAAGAUAACCGUGAGCUAUGGGAAAAAUGGGUCUUUACAUUUGCAAAUUUGAGACAACUACAAGCAAUCACCCCUUAUAUACCGUUUGAGAAACCGCAACUUAGUAGCACGGUUUACGAAAUGGUUUUUGCUCACUUCCUAAAUCACGAUCAUAAGGCUUUGUUAUAUACGUUAACGAGCUGGCCACCGAGUAUUUAUAGCGUACAAAAUGUUAUCGUACUUGUUGAAGACAUCUUUGAAAAAGAACAGAAUAAUCAAACUUUGAUGGAAUGCUUAGCAGAAUUAUACGCAUAUUGUGGCCAACCAGAUAAAGCUCUUGAAUAUAACCUCCGAUUGCGUAGACCUAAUGCCUUUGUCUUAAUACGAGAACACGGUUUAUUUUCGGCGAUCCAAGACAAAGUUUUAUUACUUAUGGAAUUUAAUCAACAUUUGUUUAAAGGGGUUGAGAAGGCGCAGGAUGAAGAGUUCGCAAAAUUAAAUCCAGAUCCAAAUAAACCACAAAUCAAAAUUAAACGAAAGAAACCUACCGAUAUGCAAGCAGUGCAAUUAUUAGUAGAAAAUACCGAACAUAUUAGUAUCUCUCAUGUCGUACGUCAACUGGAAAAAGAACCUUCCUUUCUGCAUAUAUAUUUAGAUGCUCUAUUUGUGAAAGAUCAUCAUGCAGGAUACGAAUUUCAUGACCGUCAGAUUGAAUUAUAUGCUGAAUAUGAUUAUCAGAGAUUGAUAGAAUUUUUGAGAUCUAGUAAUUAUUAUACUUUGGAACAUGCAUAUAAAAUAUGUGAACAAAGAGAUUUAGUCCCAGAAAUGGUAUUUAUACUUGGCCGCAUGGGCAAUAACAAAGAGGCGCUUAUGUUAAUUAUCGGAAGAUUGAAUGAUGUCCAGCUAGCAAUUGAUUUUGCUAAAGAGCAAGAUGAUGAUGUAUUAUGGGAAGAUUUGUUAACAUAUUCAUUAGACAAACCAAAAUUUAUAAUUGGUUUAUUGGAAAAUCUCGGCGGUGCUAAUAUUGACCCGAUACAACUGAUUAAAAGAAUUCCUGAUGGUAUGGAAAUUCCUGGUCUUAAAAAUGCAUUAAUUAAAGUUCUUCAAGAUUUCAAUUUACAGGCAUCAUUAAGAGAAGGGUGUCAGAAAAUAUUAGUUAGUGAUAGUGUAGCCAUGGCUAAUCAACUGCAAAAAGCGCAAAAACGUGGCAUUAGUGGAGGUUUGUAUAUAAUUUAUCUUAUAAAGCUAUUUUAA